AUGGCAAUCGACAGCAGUAACGACGGCGGCAGCAGCAGGAGCAACGACGAGGCAGAGGGCGAGGAACGAAGACCCAACGACGGGGCGAGCAGCAGCAGCAGCAACGACGAGGAGAAAGGGAGGCAAGACAGGCACCUAAGACGGGGCAGCAGCAGCAACGAGACGGAGAGGGGAAAAACAGAAGAGGAGAAGAGAAGAGAGCAGAAGGGAGGCAACGAAAACGGAGGCAGAGAGAAGACGAGGCAAAGGAGGCAAGAAGCAGCCCAACGACGGCGGCAGCAGCAGCAGGACGAGACGAGGAAGGGGAGGAACGAGGAACAGACGGGGGAGCAGAGAAGAGAUGGAGUAGGACGGCAACGAAGAAAAACGGGAGAGCAGAGCAACGACGAUGGCAGUAGGGGAGCAACGAUGAGACGAGGAGAAGCAGAGAAUCGAGAGGAGAGGGCGAUGGCAAGACAAGAACAAGGCGGCAGCAGCAGCAGAAAGAGACGGCAAAGGACGAACGAGAAAGAAGCAGAACGAUGA